UCCGGCUUAGGCCACGCCCCCCGCCCGCACCUGUUCACCAGUAAAACCAAACCCUGCUACCUCGUGGACGGUUCACGAUGAGUCUACCGGACUGCAAAUCAUCGGCGAAGCCGUCUUUACCCGCAGACCCACACUCUCCCGUCGUGCAGUUGAACGUGGGGGGCCAGAUGUUCAGCACCUCUGUGAGCACGCUCAGGAAACACCCCGAGUCCAAGCUGGUGGAGCUGCUCAGCAGACCGCCCAGAGCCCGCGGCGAGGCGCAAGGCCACUACUUCAUCGACCGCGACGGCACCCACUUCGGGGCCGUCCUCGAGUACCUGAGGUCGGACCGGCUGCCUGCGGAGAACAUCCAGGAGGUUCACAGGGAGGCGGUGUACUACAACAUCCAACCGCUGGUCAAACUCUUGGAGGAAACCCCCCAGCUGUUCGGAGAGCUGGUGGGGAGGCAGCAGUUCCUCUCCAGAGUGCCGCACUACAAAGAAAACAUCGAGGUGCUGAUUCGCAUCGCCAGAGCCGAGGCCAUCGCCGCCCGUCACUCCACCAUCAUAAUCUGCGUGCUGCGGACGGAGGAGGACCUGGGAUUCUAUGACAGCGCUAUCAGCAGCCUGGAGGCGGACAAGGAGUCUGUGGUGACUUUCGGACCCUGGAAGGCAGCGCUGUCCACUAACGACCUGCUGGACUGCGUGAAGAUGGACAUCGAGAGUCAGGGCUACAAGGUGAGCGUCCAGCCUCACGUGGUGGAGAAGAGCUUCCUGUCCCGCAGCUACAACGUCUUCCACAGACUCUCGUUCACUUGGUGGUAAAUAUACCGUUUCUGACAAAGAACAUAAAACCUUUAGAAAGGUCUUCAGAACAAGUUGAUGCACCUUUUGCGAAGAAAAACUGGACUUUAUUCGGCACACUACCUAUUUUAGACACAAGGGGUCAGUAAAGUAUGUCAACGGUUGUGUUGUUUACAUUUACUUUGUCUUAUGCUAAGUCACAUGUUGGUGCUGCUUAGAGAUAUAGCGUUCCAUAUCCUGUGUAAUACUGCUACAUUUAAAUAAACAAUAUCGAAAUACAAAAA